AUGAUAGAGCUUCUGAUAAUUUUAAUAUCGACGGGCGCGAUUGUUGGGAGUUCGUCGUCUUCCAACGACGCCGACAAUGUGUUGCACAUUGGUGGUAUAUUUCCGAUUAAUGGUGAGGGUGGAUGGCAGGGUGGCCAGGCUUGCAUGCCAGCGGUGAACUUGGCAUUAGGCGAUGUAAAUCGCGAGAAGAAUCUGUUACCCGGUUUCAUACUAAAUCUCCAUUCAAAUGACAGCGAGUGCGAGCCUGGACUCGGUGCCUCGGUGAUGUACAAUUUAUUAUACUACAAACCACAGAAAUUAAUGUUGUUAGCUGGAUGUAGUACGGUGUGUACGACUGUCGCCGAGGCGGCGAAGAUGUGGAACCUGGUAGUGCUGUGUUACGGUGCAUCGUCACCCGCGUUGUCCGAUCGAAAUCGGUUCCCGACGCUUUUUAGGACACACCCAUCGGCCACGGUGCACAAUCCCACGAGAAUCAAAUUGUUACAGAAGUUCGGCUGGUCUCGGGUGGCGAUCUUGCAGCAAGCCGAAGAAGUGUUCAUAUCUACUGUAGAAGAUUUAGAAGCGCGCUGCAAAGAGGCAGGAAUAGAAAUAGUGACGCGUCAGAGCUUCCUCUCAGAUCCAUCGGACGCUGUGAGAAAUCUGCGCCGCCAGGAUGCAAGGAUCAUCGUUGGUCUCUUCUACGUAGUAGCCGCGAGAAGAGUUCUCUGCGAACUGUACCAUCAGAAUCUCUACGGAAAGAGUUACGUGUGGUUCUUUAUCGGUUGGUACGAGGACAACUGGUUCGAAGUGAACCUGGAGAAAGAGGGUAUCACCUGUACGCGGGAUGAGAUGAGGCUCGCGGCAGAAGGACACCUAACGACAGAGGCUCUAAUGUGGAAUCAAAAUAACGACACGACAAUCAGCGGAAUGACUUCGGAGGACUUCAGACUGAGAUUGAACAAAAUGUUGAAGGAAGACGGUUACGACAUCGAUAACAAUCGAUAUCCCGAAGGAUAUCAGGAGGCACCGUUGGCUUACGACGCUGUUUGGUCGGUGGCUUUAGCGUUCAAUAAAACAAUGGAGAAGCUGAGCAAACAAGGAAAGAGUCUGAAGAACUUCACGUACACGAACAAGGAGAUAGCGGAUGAAAUUUACUCGGCGAUUAAUUCCACUCAGUUUCUCGGAGUAUCUGGAUACGUUGCAUUUAGCUCACAAGGUGACAGAAUCGCAUUGACCCAAAUCGAGCAGGUGAUCGAUGGAAAGUACGUCAAGUUAGGCUACUACGAUACGCAAAGUGACAAUCUUACUUGGAGGAAUAUGGAACGAUGGAUAGGUGGGAAGAUACCGCAAGACAGGACCAUUGUCAGAACCGUUUUGAGAACGGUUUCGUUAACCUUGUUCACAGCUAUGGGGACUAUAUCGUCUAUCGGGAUCUUGAUAGCCAUUGCACUGAUUAUUUUCAAUAUAUGGAACAGGCACAGAAGAGUGAUAAUGUCGUCGCAUCCAGUAUGCAAUACUAUAAUGUUAGUAGGAGUGAUAGCUUGUUUCGUGUCGGUAUUUCUAUUAGGUAUCGACGGUAGAUUCGUCGCACCGUGGGAAUAUCCAGCGAUCUGUCAAGCUAGAGCUUGGAUGUUGUCCACGGGUUUCACUCUAGCGUUUGGCGCGAUGUUUAGUAAAGUGUGGCGGGUCCACAGGCUUACGACAAAAACGAAGGCUGAUCAGGCGAAAUUAUUCGUGGCUAAACAAAAAGUUUCGUCCAUACAGAAGAAAGUUCAGCCGUGGAAGCUGUAUACGAUGGUAAGCGGACUGCUGGCGGUGGACAUUGUGCAGUUAGUAUUGUGGCAAGUGUUGGAUCCCUUGCAGAGGAAAAUGGAAACUUUCCCUCUAGAGUCGCCUCCGUUUGGCGACGACGACGCGAGGAUUAGACCGGAAUUAGAGCACUGCGAGAGCAUACAUAAUAGCAUUUGGCUUGGUUUGAUUUACAGCUACAAAGGAAUCAUUCUAGUGUUCGGAUUAUUUCUCGCGUACGAAACAAGGAGCAUCAAAGUGAAACAGAUCAAUGAUUCUAGAUACGUAGGGAUGUCGAUAUACAACGUGGUUGUGCUCUGUUUGAUCACAGCUCCGGUAACAAUGGUGAUCGCUAGCCAACAAGACGCAAGCUUCGCUUUCGUCGCUCUCGCUAUUAUUUUCUGUUGUUUCUUGAGCAUGGCGUUGAUCUUCGUGCCUAAAGUGAUCGAGGUGAUCAGGCAUCCGAAGGACAAAGCUGAAUCCAAGUACAAUCCGGAUGUGGGCAUGUCGAAAGAGGACGAGGAGAAGUAUCAGAAGCUUCUCUGCGAGAACGACGAGCUUCAAAAGCUUAUCGCUGCGAAAGAGGAAAAGAUCAAAGUACUGAAGUUGAUGUUGGCCGAGCGAGACGCGUUGAAAGGUGGAACCGGAAACGUCCCUAAGGACUCGUUAAUAGUCGCAGAUUUUGUGACUGGCGAGGGGACUUCCGACAGCGCAAUCGGUGGGGGUAUUUCUGUUUAUACACAAUCAUCUCGAGCUUCUGCUUCUGAAUUUGAGUUUUCAGGAUCGUACUUGUAG